AUGGAUAAGUAUACUGGGCUUCCGGACAUUGAAGAGGGACCGCAACAGGUGUUUGAGAGCUCUGAUGUCGAAGAUGAACCAAUUGCCUUACAGGAGGAUGCGCAAUCUUACGCUGACUCGGAUGUAGAUGAAUCGUCCACGGACAUUGUAGAUGCGAAGAAGAAGUUUAAGCACGAUUUUGUAACAGGAGAAUGGGACUUUCUGGGUAAUGUAGGAAACCCGCUAAGCAGCAGUGGAUAUAAGGUUGUGCUGUUGAAUGAGACUGUAGACGAGAAAUUGGCGAGGAUCACUAGAGAGUUGGAGGAAAUAAAGAUAGCGAGUGAAAGUGAAGCGAUUGAGAGCGAUAAGAAUAACGAAAUUGAGUUCUUGGUUGGCUUGGUGGAAAGACUUAGCGACAAGAACAAGACUAAUGAAGACAGUAAUGAAUACACCAAGGCGAUAGAGACAAUAUCGCCCUACAGUAAACGAAUAAAGGAGGUGUUUGAACUUACUUCUGAGCAGCUUAGCUUUAAACUGAGUUUGGUCUCUAAUCCUGCUACUACGGGGUAUGUUAAUCCGUCUGCAGUGCUAGCGCUCGAGGCUCGAAUUCAUGACCUCGAGACCGUUCUAGGAUCUUCAGAAGAGGGGACAAGGCAGUCAGUACAAGGGCAAAUAACAGAGCUCGAGCGCAAAGCCAAUUUGGUCUACAAUCCAGAGUACCAUACGAAGAAGUUGAGUGAAGAAGUUGAAAAACUAAACGCAAACGUUGAGAGAUACUUGGCAAACCGUAGACUAGCGCAGAUUGGCGGCAGAUCUGUACAGGGCGGCAGCGUCGUAGAUCAAGGCCAGGGUGGUGCUGAAGCAAGAAACAACAAGAUCGAUGAAGUAUUUAGCAGAAUUCCAGAUUUCGACAACGUCAAGGCCAUCUUGCCAGCCGUGCUUGCAAGGUUGAAGAGUUUACAUUUAGUCCACAACGAGUUGGGCGCGUGUGUGAGAACAGUCACUGAGUUGGACAAGACUUUGGGGGGUAUAGAAACCGAAAUGGUCAAGUGGAACAAAUCUGUGAAUGAUGUGAAUGAAAAAUUGGACAAGCAGGAGCUAGAUUUUGACCGGAACAAACAGAUCAUAGAGCAAUGGGUUAAACAAUUGGAAGAGAGGGUAGGUAAGAAGUAG